AUGAUCCCACGAAGCCUACUCCGCGCCCGUCUCGCGCCCCUCCUCCGCCGCAAUGUCCCCCACCGCACCCUCAUCGCCGCCCCCCGCGCCGGCUCCGGUCCCCUGAUGGAACGUCGGCCCGACCGCGCCCUUCCCGCCAUAUCCUCUUCCCGGCGCUGGAUCCUGCCCACGACGCUCUUCCUCUCGAUCAUCACGCUCUCCACACUAGCCAUCUUCAACUACCAGAAGUCCUCGAGCAGCGUGGUGAACAGCACGUUGUACGCGCUACGGACGCACAAAGAGGCGAGAGAGGCGCUGGGGGACGAGAUUUACUUCGCGCACAAGGUGCCGUGGGUGUGGGGUACGAUUGAUCAGUUGCAUGGACGGAUUGAUAUCAGGUUUAUGGUUAAGGGGCGACGGCAGAGGGGGGAGAUGAGGUUUAGGAGUAUCAGGAAGGGGAGGAGGGGUUAUUUCGAGACGCUGGAGUGGAGUCUGAAGACAGAGGAUGGGAAGGUGAUUGAGCUGCUGAAACCUGAUGCGCCGGAUCCGUUCAGGGCGGUUGAGGAGCAGGGGGGUACGAUGGCUGAGGAGACGAUUUGA